AUGGCCGUGGUUCUUCCGUCCGAGGAUGACAGCUAUUUCUCGACAACCCUGCGACGCUCCCAUUCGCAACCAAAGAUUGCGACGCAGCGCUCCAGUUUUCACGCUUCGGCGUCAACCUCUCGGCUCAGUGAUUUCUACUCUCAGCCAUCAGUGACCUCGUCAGCGUCGGGAAUCUCGUCAGCGCCGUCAUCUCCGCAAGCCACACACGCCUCCGUUGAUCUGUCAGAGUUGUCGACGCCGGCUUCAUACUUCUCCUUGGCCUCAGAUUGCCAGAGCGCAGCAGCCACGCCAGAAGACAUCACCCUUCAGCAAUACGAUGAUGGCGGCUACUUUAGCCGUCUCGUGGACCGGGGGCCCGCGGCGAGUCUGGACUGCUCCCCGCCAAAUGAACAUGACGGCUCGGCCGCCACAUCGAGACCUGGCAGUCCUGAGUUCCAAGAGAGGGCCGAAGACGAUAUCGCAUUACGGGCACAGCCUUCCCGGCAUGUUGACUAUUUGUCGCAUAACUGGCGCGAGGAAGAUAUCUGGUCGUCGUGGAAGCUUGUCGUGUCGAGAAGAGGCGAUUACAACAAUGCCGCGCGGCUGGAGAAUGCAUCAUGGAGGACGUGGAUGAAGUCCAAGAACAAGCUCAACACGGUUUCAGCUGAGACUUUGAAUUGGCUCAAGGACCACGACGUGACAUGGCUUUAUGGACCGUUGCAGACGGGCGCGUCGAGCUUCAACCACACAUCGAGCAGUUCCAACAGUGCUAGGCUCUCCAAGUCAAACUCGUUUGUCAACAAGAAGCCAAUUUUGAAGAAGAGGAGUAUGUCGGAAAUCAUGCUCCAGAGGUCUCUUUCCACUUCGUCGCUCGUUAAGCAAGCAGCGGCAGCGGUGCAGGCUCAACAGAAGGGGGUGCUGAAGAGGAAUUUCAGGCGGCCGGGCUUCGAGCGGGCCAACACGGACUUUAUGACAUUCCCCUUUUCGUCACGCGGCGUCAGCCACGACGGUACCAGCUUGUUUCCCUCGGCGAGAUCGUCAGGGCUCGUCUCCCCGAAUAGUGGACGGAAGCACAUUCACUUCAACGAGCAGGUUUCCCAGUGCAUUGCAGUCGAGGUGAAGGGGGACGAUGAUGAGGAUGACGAGGCCGUUAUGGAUAGCUAUGGGGCCGACAGCGACUCAGAUGACGACGCCAUCAUGAUGAAGCGGACCCAGAGCAAGAAGAAGAAGAGGCCGGUGUUGAAAAAGAAUAACUCAAACAGUGGCUCGGAGAGCAAGACGAUCGCCAUGCUUCCCUCAACCACAUUGAAGUACCGGGAAGAUACUCCCGAGCCGACCGAAACAGCUAUGAAGCACAGCACGAGCGGUGGACUCCGCGGGCCCCUUUUAUCACCUUCUUCAUCCCAAGAAACGUUACGCCCAGAAACGUUACGCCCAUCUAAAAAGCCCGGGAAAAUAUUCUUUGCCGGAGACGACGACGGCGAUGAGGACGACGAAGACUCGGACAAGAUCGACAUCCGACCCGGCGUUUUUCCGGCUACGCAACGUGGCGAGGGCAGUUACGGGUUGCGCCGGUCGGCGUCUUCGGCCAGCCUAACUGCUGAUCCAGCUGGCAUGCGUAGAACGGCGUCGGGGAUGUUCAUGCCAGCUGAGGAAUCGCUGCCCGCUAACCCGGACGACGGCCUUGUCGGUCGAAUGCUCAAUACGGUAAAUACGGCCCGAGAUAUUGCCCACGUCAUCUGGAACGUCGGGUGGAGGAGUGGCUAA